AUGCACCAUGCACCGUGCAGCGAGCCCGGGCAAGGCGCGCGCGCCCCCGCAGCAUCCGAAGCAAAAAAACAACCCCCCCUCGUGGCUCCGCCCCCUCCUCCACGUGCUCCUGCUCCGACGACCCGCCAGCCAAUGGGGAGUCCGGAGGGCGGGGCUCCCCAGCCAAUGAGGAGCGCCCCCGGCCCGACAAACGGAGAAGCGGUCCCCACCCCAGUCCCCGCCGAGCCGGGCGCUCGUCCAAUCGGCGUCCGAGAGAGCGGGGGGGCGGGCGGCGUCGACCAACGGGGGCGCGGGGAGGGUAGAUUGACGUCCCCGGUGGCCUAUGGGCCUGAUUGUGUCCGGCCGGCGGAGGGGUCGCGGGGGGCGGCCACGGCGGUCCGUCGGCUCGGGAGCGGGGGAGGCGCCCACCCGUCCCGCCGUCCUGCCGUCCGUCCGUCCGUCCGUCCUUGCGUGCGUCCCUGA